UACUUGGCGCUGAUUGACAUAGGAACAAACAUGGUAUAUAAUUGAGUAAAACCUCGGAUACGGAUAAACUUGCCUUCAGUCCCUCGGAUAGGUACCAAGGGAUUUGUCUGGCGAUACUGUGUUGUAAGGUAAGAGCACGAGACACUGCUGAAUGACACUGUAACUAUGGAAACUACAGAAACGAACAAUCCCGGAAGUAGUCGUCGUAAACCGGAAGCUGCAGUUGCGGCUGUCAGUGAAAACUUAUCAAGAGGUGUAACAUUUUGUACCAAAUGUCUCCGGAAUCUGAAGAAGUUUCUGCAGACCGUGUACUCCAUCAUCAAAUCCCUGAUUGGACUUAUUAUCAUUCUCAUCAUAUACACUCUCAUUGGUGCCGCUCUGUUCCAGGCGGUAGAACGACCGUACGAACAGCAACAGAAAAACAACCUUAUUUCAUACAAACAACAAGUACUGAAAAACGUUAAAAACAAUACAUAUCAACUGCAAUCAGGGAAGAUAUCCAUGGACGUGUGGGAGAAUCGAACCCGUGAUCUACUAGAUCGGUACGAGUCGACAGCCAGGAGCAGCGCCUAUGGAUCGAUAUCGGAGGAAAAAUGGAGUUUCUAUGGGGCAUUAUUCUUUUGUGGAACUGUAUAUACGACCAUAGGAUACGGCAACAUCGUCCCUAUGACGAGUAUUGGAAAGAUAUUCGCCAUCGUUUACGCCAUUACCGGGAUUCCCCUUGCAAUGAUAGUGUUGGCCGAGCUUGGCCGGAAGUUCACGAUUGGCCUCAAACUUCUACUCGUGAUUAUCAGGAGAUUUAACAGGCUUCGCGACUGUCGUAGAGUUCUACAGCGCAGGUUUUGUCCGAAGGAGAACUCCAAAGAUGUGGAAGAAGGGGAUGUAAAGAAUGGACCGAAAGAAGAAACGGAAAAACAAGUAGUACAAACACCAGAGGAAAAGAAAGCGAAAGUAGACACCUUCGUACGGGUAUCUCCGGAUGGACAGCCCACAGUGGUCAACGGAAAAGACAUCGAUCAAAAGACUUUAGCAAGCAAUAACACGGAGGACGCAGAAGAGGUUGAGGGCGACGAGGAGGCACCUGUGGAGGGUAAAAAACACGUGAAUAUUGUGUUCGGGGUGGAGAUAGACGAAGAGUUUAACUUACCUCCUUCACUUGCUUUAGCAAUUAUGGUGAUCUACCUUUUGAUUGGAUGUAUGAUGUAUCCUGCCUGGGAAGACUGGUCAUUUUUAGACUCAUUCUACUUCGUGUUUAUAUCGAUGUCGACCAUCGGGUUUGGUGACAUUCUGCCGGCUCAUCCCAAGUUCUUUCUGAUCAGCGGGAUCUAUCUCUUUAUCGGUCUCUCACUCAUCUCCAUGUGUAUCAAUGUAGGUAUCGAAUUCUUCACAAAAACAAUUAAGAGAGCAAAGAAGAGAAUGAACAAGGCGAAAGAUAAGAUGGCGGAGAUAAGCAAAGAGAAAAUGUCAGAGGUUGGAAAACAUAUGGAUAAGGCCAAGGACAAAAUGUCGCAGGUGACGGAUAAGGUCGCAGAGGUCACAGAUAAAAUGGCGGAGGAAGUUAAGAAAAAUGUUGAAAAUGUACAACGAGAAAUGAUAACUAAAACAGGAAGUAAGUCUGGUACUCCUGUUCCAUCUCCCACUGAGGAUGAUAAUAAAGGAAGUAAAGCGGGUACUCCUGUUCCUUCUCCCAGCGACGUAAAGAGAGAAUGACACUUUUCGCUAUAGCAAUCUUACUGAAAGACAUAACAUCGUGUGACGUGUUAUUGAAUAUAUACAAACGUAGUACAACAACAUAGAAAUACAGAAUGUCAUACGUUAUUGAAUAUAUACAAACUUAGUACCGCAACAUAGAAAUACAGAAUGUCAUACGUUAUUGAAUAUAUACAAACUUAGUACCGCAACAUAGAAAUACAGAAUGUCAUACGUUAUUGAAUAUAUACAAACGUAGUACAACAACAUAGAAAUACAGAAUAUCAUACGAUAUUGAAUAUAUACAAACGAAGUACAGCAACAUAGAAAUACAGAAUAUCAUACGAUAUUGAAUACAUACAAACGUAGUACAACAACAUAGAAAUACAGAAUAUCAUACGAUAUUGAAUAUAAACAAACGUAGUACAGCAACACAGAAAUACAGAAUAGCAUACGUUAUUGAAUAUAUACAAACGUAGCACAACAACAUAGAAAUACAGAAUAGCAUACGUUAUUGAAUAUAUACAAACGUAGCACAACAACAUAGAAACACAGAAUAUCAUACGUUAUUGAAUAUAUACAAACGUAGUACAGCAACAUAGAAAUAAAGAAUGUCAUACGUUAUUGAAUAUAUACAAACGUAGUACAACAACAUAGAAAUACAGAAUGUCAUACGUUUUUGAAUAUAUACAAACGUAGUACAACAACAUAGAAAUACAGAAUAUCAUACGUUAUUGAAUAUAUACAAACGUAGUACAACAACAUAGAAAUACAGAAUGUCAUACGUUAUUGAAUAUAUACAAACGUAGUACAACAACAUAGAAAUACAGAAUGUCAUACGUUAUUGAAUAUAUACAAACGUAAUACAACACAUAGAAAUACAGAAUGUCAUACGAUAUUGAAUAUAUACAAACGUAGUACAACAACAGAAAUACAGAAUGUCAUACGUUAUUGAAUAUAUACAAACAUAGUACAGAAACAUAGAAAUACAGAAUGUCAUACGUUAUUGAAUACAUACAAACGUAGUACAACAACAUAGAAAUACAGAAUGUCAUACGUUAUUGAAUAUAAUUAUACAAACGUAGUACAACAACAUAGAAAUACAGAAUAUCAUAUAUUUGCAUACAUAGUACAACAAAAUCAAUGACGUGAAAAACAGAAUAUCAUAUAUUUACACACAUGGUACAACAGAAACAAUGACGUUAAAAACAGAAUAUCAUUUAUUUACACAAAUUGUACAUCAAAACUAAUAACAUAAAACAUGUAAAAAUCAUCUAUUAACACACAUUGUACUUCAAAACUAAUAACGUAAAACAUGGAAAAUCAUCUAUAAACACACAUUGUACAUCAAAGCUAAUAACGUAAAACAUGGAAAAUCAUCUAUAAACACACAUUGUACAUCAAAGCUA